CUCCUCUCACCUCUCCACCUCCAUCACCAGAACCAUGACUUGCUGUGGCUGUUCCGGAGGCUGUGGCUCCAGCUGUGGGGGCUGUGGCUCCAGCUGUGGAGGCUGUGGCUCCAGCUGCUGCUGUGUGCCCGUGUGCUGCUGCAAGCCUGUGUGCUGCUGUGUGCCAGCCUGUUCCUGCUCCAGCUGUAGCAAAGGGGGUUGUGGCUCUUGUGGCUGCUCCAAGGGUGGCUGUGGCUCUUGUGGCUGCUCCAAGGGUGGCUGUGGUUCUUGUGGCUGCUCCAAGGGUGGCUGUGGCUCCUGUGGGUGCUCCAAGGGGGGCUGUGGCUCUUGUGGCUGUUCCAAGGGGGGUUGUGGCUCCUGUGGGGGCUGUAAGAGCAGCUGCUGCCAGUCCAGUUGCUGCAAGCCCUGCUGCUGCCAGUCCAGCUGCUGCAAGCCCUGCUGCUGCCAGUCCAGCUGCUGCCAGCCCUGCUGCUGCCAGUCCAGCUGCUGCAAGCCCUGCUGUUGCCAGUCCAGUUGUUGCAAGCCCUGCUGCUGCCAGUCCAGCUGCUGCCAGCCCUGCUGCUGCCAAUCCAGCUGCUGCAAGCCCUGCUGCUGCCAGUCCAGCUGCUGUGGCCCUGUGUGCUGCCAGUGUAAGAUCUGAGCUUCUAAGCUUAGAUGAGCCAGCCACAAUUCAAGGCUAACCCUCUCUGUUGGAUGAACCCAGCUGUGCCUCCCACUUCCUAAGUAGAGCCCGUGCACUCACGCACUGUCUCCUCUCAGGCUCUCCUCCCAAGUCACCCUCUGGCUCAAUUGGCCUGCUGUUUCACUCAGCAGCCUGAGCACUGAACACCUUCUAUCCUGCCUUUUGGUCUAGGAGAACCCUUCCUUUGGAGUCCCAUUUGGAAAGAUGUGGGGUAAAGAUUUGCUGGAACUUUCUGUGGGCUAUAUACUAUUGUCUCUUAACCUGAAUGUUGCAAACCAAUAAAACCACACG